AGAGGGGCUGGGAGUCCAAGCCGUAGCUGACAGCUGUGACUGUUUGUAAUCAAACCCUAAACGCUUCUUGUACAACAGCCAUUGCAUCCUCAAUCUUUCUCGACAUGGCGUCCACUCUGGGCACUUCUUCAAUUGCGACCUUCCCUUCUCGAUCCCUCUCCUCUCCUUCUUCCAGAAUUUCCCUCCAUUCUCUCUCUUUAGCUACAGCUCAAAGCUAUGGGCGCAAGUUCUGCGGAGGAAUUGGAAUUCGGGGUAUAGAGGGGAAGUCUCGCUUCUCAGUGGCCAGCGUAGCCACUGAAGUAAACUCUAUAGAGCAGGGCCAGAAAACUGAUUCUGAAAAUAGCCAGAGGCCAGUGUACCCAUUUUCAGCUAUAGUAGGACAAGAUGAGAUGAAGUUGUGCCUUCUACUUAACGUGAUUGAUCCCAAGAUUGGAGGGGUAAUGAUCAUGGGGGACAGAGGGACAGGGAAAUCAACAACUGUUAGGUCAUUAGUUGACUUGCUUCCUCAAAUUAAGGUUGUUUACGGGGACCCAUAUAACUCAGACCCAGAAGAUCCAGAAUCCAUGGGCGUGGAAGUGAGAGAACGCAUUACAAAGGGAGAGAAACUUGAGGUUGUGUUGACUAAAAUCAACAUGGUUGAUUUGCCACUGGGAGCUACAGAAGAUAGAGUCUGUGGGACAAUUGACAUUGAAAAAGCCCUCACGGAGGGUGUCAAGGCAUUUGAGCCUGGUCUACUAGCCAAAGCCAACAGGGGAAUCCUCUAUGUGGAUGAAGUUAAUCUGUUGGAUGAUCAUUUGGUAGAUGUUUUACUGGAUUCUGCUGCCUCUGGCUGGAACACAGUGGAGAGGGAGGGUAUUUCGAUCUCCCAUCCAGCUCGGUUCAUCUUAAUCGGCUCAGGCAACCCAGAAGAAGGGGAGCUCAGGCCACAGCUUCUUGAUAGAUUCGGCAUGCAUGCUCAAGUAGGGACCGUAAGGGAUGCUGAGCUAAGGGUGAAAAUUGUGGAGGAGAGAGCAAGGUUUGACAAGAAUCCAAAAGAGUUUCGAGAUUCUUACAAAGCAGAGCAGGAAAAGCUUCAGGAACAGAUUGCUUCAGCCAGAAGUGACCUUUCUUCAGUUCAGAUUGAUCAGGAUCUCAAGGUGAAGAUCUCCAGGGUUUGUGCAGAGUUGAAUGUGGAUGGAUUGAGAGGAGACAUAGUGACAAAUAGAGCUGCAAAGGCUCUGGCUGCUCUUAAGGGAAGGGACAAGGUGAGUGCAGAGGAUAUUGCCACAGUGAUCCCUAACUGCUUGAGACACCGCCUGAGGAAGGACCCCUUGGAGUCUAUAGACUCAGGUUCACUUGUAAUUGAGAAGUUUUAUGAGCACUUGGCUUACAGAGGAAAAUAAAGAGGAGAGGAAAUAGAGAAAAGUGGAGGAAUGCAAGUUUCUUUUCCUAUGCUUAGCUGAGCAAGAGAAAAUGGUAUGAAGGAAAAAUUGUUAAUUUCAAAUAGAUAAUGGUAAUCUUAUUAUUUGUAAAAAAAUAUUUAUAUAUAAUACAACUUAAUAUUUUAACAUAUUUAUAUAAUUUUUAUAAUAGAUUACUAAUUGAAUAAAAAUGUAAUUUCAAAUUAUUUUAUGGGAAAAUAUAACGUUAGGUUCCUGUUUUUUGUUUGAUAUUUGCUGUAAGUUUAUAUAUAUAUUUUUUCAUAUUCUAAAAAAAAUUGCAGAAAUUUAUAGCAAAGUGCAAAAACUUAAAAUUAUAUUUUUCUUUAUUUUAUUCUAAAGUUAGCAGAAAAUUAGAAUGAAAAUGAAGAUAAAAAACAAAAAAUGCAAAGCUUCUUUGGUAAAUUUCAAAAUUAAGUUUUUUUUUUUUAACUUUCCCAUAUUUGAAUAAAAAAAUUAAAGGUAAAAAUAUUUAAAUUUUAUGUAUUAUUUUCUUUUCAUUUUUCUCAUCUUCUCAUUUUUCUCUUUUUAGCUAAACGUAAGGAAAUGUCUUUUAAGGAAAUGUUUUUAUUUUUUUUUCACUUUUUCUUCUGUUCACUUUUCAUUUUCACUUUUUCUUCCCCUUACUUUUCUCUCAUGUCAAGCACAUCCAUUCACUUUUUUUUUUUUUUGACAUUUCAUGUAAAGUAAUCGGUGUCAAAAACCAUUGCUAGCAUUGUAUGGUGGCUCUGAUUAUUCCACAGUUCAAGAUGCUUGGUGCUUAGAACUAUUUAAAA